AUGUACUAAUGCAUGCGGGAUGAUAUGCAUGUGUACUGUGUGUCGGUACUGUGUAUACGGCCGGUGCGCGCAUGCUGGCAGUGUGGUACGUAAGUACAGUCAAUCAUCAGCGUUGCCCACAAAUAAUUUGCACUCAACAUUUGCCUGCAUGAACAUGUACACCGCACCAUGACAAUGUGGACGUUUUCCUGUUGCUAACAUCCGUUUUUGACACUCAGCUAGCUAGCGUUCAUACUUGGAGUUUUUGACCAGGCAUAUUCCGUGCACGACGUCAGGCGGCCGCAAUGGAGGCUGACAAGAGGUUAGACGUGAAGGCUCCACCGUUGACAGAAAUAUUUGGUCAAGGGGAUCAUGGUUACAAUACAUUUAGAAUUCCUGCUAUUGUCUACAAUCGCCGGACUUUACUAGCUUUUUGUGAAGCUAGGAAGAGUUCAUUCCGGGACUGGGGAAGCAUGGAUUUGGUUCUGCGGAGGGGCAUAUUGAAAGAUGAUGAAGUGAUAUGGGGCGAUAUUCAAGUUAUAGCUUCAAUGCCUGAAUACAGAACCAUGAACCCUGUGCCCAUAGUCAACAAAAGAACCAACAGCAUCGUUCUUGUCUUCGUCGCAUUCCCUCAGGACCUCUCGGAAGCAGAUCUCAUUAAAGGACAGGAGUACCAGCAGAAAGUGCUGGUAACCAAAUCCAGAGACAAUGGGUUAACAUGGAGUGAGCCACGCGACGUCUCAGAGACAACGCUGGGAAUGAUGGACCCACGGCCUCAUAUAUACGCAUCAGGUCCUGGACAUGGAAUUCAGUUGACUUCAGGACGGCUGGUUGUUCCUGGUAGCGUAUUCUGGAAACCACCACAUGAGACUGGUUUCCUCUCAGAGAUCAAACACAAGAUUCUGGAGUUCUUUGACUGCUUCUACAAUGCACAAAGCCGUUCCAUGGUGAUAUACAGCGAUGAUGGUGGAGAAACGUGGGAGCAGGGAGGUGGGGUACCAGCUGCCUUCGACCAGGAAGGGCAACUAGUAAAUGCCAAUGAAUGCCAGAUAGUAGAAUUUGAUGAUGGCAGAGCCUACAUCAACAGCAGGACCCUAGGCGUUCAAACGCCACGGCAACAAGCUUUUAGCCAAGAUGGCUGCUUGACCUUUAACCCUGGUGAGCUAGCCACUCAGCUUCCAGAGCCUGGACACACGCUGACCAAAUGGAUUCCUUCAGUUCGUAACUUUGGUGGCUGUCAGGCCAGUAUUCUUGGUUUCCGUGCUCCCAGUAGUGUGCCGCCUGAUGCCUAUGACAUGACCUCAUGGGUGCUAUUCUCUAACCCUGCAAGCACUGAGACCCGUGUCAACAUGUCGGUGCGCCUCAGUCGCAAUGGCUGCCGGACGUGGAGCGCCCCCUGGCAGCUGAACUCUGGGGCCAGUGCAUACUCAGACCUGGUCGGUUACGAGACCCGCACCAGUGACAGGGUACCAGUCUUGAACUUUGCCUGCCUGUACGAGUGCGGUAGUUUACACCCGUAUGAAAGAAUUGUAUUCCAAACGUUCACGCUAGAGAAAAUGAUGCAAGGUGUUGGCAUGGAGACCAAAGCUGAACCCACUCAAGAUAUCCCAGAAAGUGCACUAGAGACGUAAGAAUAUUUGUGUUAAUAUAUUUAAAAAAAAGUCUGUAUGUUAAUAUUAAGAAAUUGUGAUAUCUUCCAGUUUAGUAAAUUGUAUGAAAGUACCAACAUAUCAUUCAGUGUUGCAAAUUUUGUGGAAAUUUUAAAGACAGUAAAUUUCAAUAAACUUUAGAAAUUCAUUGGGAAUUUUCUAAAAUGUGAGGGAACUGAUUUUUUUAAUGUGCCAAUUUUUCUAGUGUGUAUUUGGCAGCAGAUCACUGGAUAAUCUUACCUAUUUUACUUCAUGUGUAUAGUGAUAUCCUCUCAUUUGAGCCAAUUGGACCAUUUCAAAACCCCAGGCAAAAACACAUUAAAGCCUUUUCAUUAUGUGUAAAGGGUUGUAUACAGUGCCAUACAGCUUAAUAUGUCCUAGGCUUUCUCAUUGAAGAAAAAAGCUUUUCCAGAUCAUUUAGCGAAAUUUAACAGAACAUUUCCGUAACUUUCCAUGGAAAGUUUCCAAAGUUAUCUUGAAAUUUGUGACCCAUAGCAACACUAGUCUUAUUGGCAUUAGAUGUUUGCCCCUCUGCUCUCUUGAUCUUACAGAGAUAAAACGGAUUGUUUUCACUGCAUAAAGACGGAGAGCUUGGCCAGAAACCUUUAUACGUUUUAAAUCAAAUUUCUGAUAACAUUCCAGGUUCAUGUUUUUUUACUUUCAUGUACAGAUGUUUGAUUUUUGAGUGGUCGGGCACAACCCAACUACUGUCUGGAUUUGUUACGAUUAAUCUU